GGCUCCCCUGAAGUUUGAGAUGAACACACGAGAGUUCUCCACUUGGGUGGUCUCUCUACUUUGGUGAGCUGUUGCUAAGCAGCUAAUAAUAGUCGUGUUUGCUGAGUAAUUUUUGCCCUUCUGGAACCAAUCAGAUCCAAGAAAGUCCGGCCAUCUGACAGCCCUGGAGGCGGGCUUUCGAUUCUUUUUUACCUUACCCCUCCUCCUCCGUCCCCGAAUGGAGAGUGUUCUUUUUUCUCAUCUAUUGAAUCCCAGAGAUCGCCGUGUCCCGCGGCCUGAGGAAGAGCGCUCAGAAUGCUACAACCACCGAGCCAUCGACAUUGCCAUUGUAUUUAUGGAAAGCACCAUCUCCGCUUUGUGUUUUGAUAUCAGCAGCUUUUAGAAAAACUGUGAACGUGGGAAUAGUUGGAGACCUCCGGAUCGCGAAAUGUUGGAAUGGAAGGCGCAGACUCUGACUCGCCGUCCCAAACAGGAGUAUGAAGUACUUUGUGGAUCUGAGAUCACCAAGAGAGAAACUUUGUUUCCUUUGGAUAUCCAAAAACGCUUGCUGGGCAAUAUAAUAACGUGGUUAACAAACAGCAAAGCGCAGGUUCUGCAACAUGGCCUCGGCUGUUAAUGUCUCCUCUGAGCAGGAAAACAGGGACCCCGAUCGGCCGAGGUUAACACGAAGAAAUAGGGGGAUCUACCAUACAACUGCAUUGGAUUUGGAAUAUUUGCAACGACCGAGUUACUGUGAUGCAGCUUUUGCGUUGGAGCAAAUAUCCCAGGGGAAGGCGACUGGAAGAAAAGCACCGCUGUGGCUGAGAGCAAAGUUUCAGAGACUUUUGUUUAAACUGGGGUGUUACAUACAACAGAACUGUGGAAAGUUUUUAGUUGUCGGCCUCUUAAUAUUUGGAGCUUUCGCUGUUGGCUUGAGGGCAGCUAAUCUAGAAACCAAUGUGGAGAAACUUUGGGUAGAAGAUGGGGGCAGGGUGAACGAGGAGCUGAAGUACACGCGGCAGAAGAUUGGGGAGGAGGCCAUGUUCAACCCUCAGCUCAUGAUCCAGACGCCGCGGGAGGGAGGCGCCAACGUCCUGACGGUGGAGGCGCUGAGGCAGCACCUGGACUCUGCUCUCAAGGCUAGCAGGGUGCAGGUUUACAUGUACAACAGGCAAUGGAAUUUAGAGGAUUUGUGCUACAAGUCAGGAGAAAUGGUAACCGAAACCAAUUUUCUUAAUCAGUUUAUCGACAAACUUCACCCCUGCCUCAUCAUCACACCACUGGAUUGCUUCUGGGAAGGAGCGAAGCUGCAGUCGGGCAUGGUGUAUCUCCUCGGGAAGCUGAAACCCAUUCAGUGGACCAACUUCGACCCCAUGGAGUUCCUGGCAGACCUGAAGUCCAUGAACUUUCAAGUGGACACCUGGGAGGAGAUGCUGGCCAAGGCCGGCGUGGGCCGCGGCUACAUGGACAGACCGUGCCUGAACCCCAAAGACCCCGACUGUCCCCUCUCAGCUCCCAACAAGAACGACACACAGGCCCUCAACCUCGACAUUGGCCACAUUCUCGCAGGUGGGUGUCAUGGCAUCUCCAAGAACUACAUGCACUGGCAAGAGGAGCUCAUCGUUGGAGGGACCAUCAAGAACGGAAGUAGAAAGCUUCAAAGUGCCCAAGCCCUGCAGACCAUGUUUCAGCUGAUGACCCCCAAGCAGAUGUACGAACACUUGAAGAACGACCACGACGUCGUGGUCCUGAACUGGAAUGAGGACAAGGCAGCAGCCAUCUUGGAAGCCUGGCAAAGGAGAUACUCUGAGGCUGUGCAACAGAGUGUCCCCGUCAACUCGUCCCAGAAAGUGCUCACGUUCACCACCACCACCCUCGAGGACAUCCUCAAGUCCUUCUCAGAUGUCAGCGUCAUCCGCAUAGCCAGCGGCUACCUGCUCAUGCUGGCCUAUGCCUGUCUGACCAUGCUGCGCUGGGACUGCGCCAAGUCCCAGGGUGCUGUGGGGCUGGCGGGCGUCCUCCUCGUCACCCUGUCAGUGGCAGCAGGACUGGGCCUGUGCUCUCUGAUCGGGAUCUCCUUCAACGCCGCUACCACUCAGGUGUUGCCAUUUCUGGCUCUGGGCGUGGGUGUGGAUGAUGUGUUCCUCCUGGCCCAUGCCUUCAGUGAGACGGGGCAGAAUAAGAGGAUCCCUUUCGAGGACCGCACCGGCGAGUGCCUGAAGAGGACGGGCGCCAGCGUGGCUCUCACCUCCAUCAGCAACGUCACCGCCUUCUUCAUGGCCGCCCUCAUCCCCAUCCCAGCUCUCCGCGCCUUCUCUCUACAGGCUGCGGUGGUGGUGGUGUUUAACUUUGCCAUGGUGCUACUGAUCUUCCCCGCCAUCCUCAGCAUGGACCUGUACCGCCGAGAGGACCGGCGCUUUGACAUCUUCUGCUGCUUCGUCAGUCCGUGUGCCAACCGGGUGAUCCAGAUCGAGCCCCAGGCCUACGUGGACGGCUCGGACGGCAGCCGCUACAGCCCGCCGCCGUGCUCGUUUGGCAGCGUGCCUCCGUCCUACAGCAGCCACGGCUUCUCCCAGCAGACGCAGAUCACCAUGCGCUCCACCGUGCAGCUGCGCACCGAGUACGACCCGCGCACGCAGGCCUACUACACCACGGCCGAGCCACACUCGCAGAUCCACGUGCAGCCCUUCACCCCAGGACCCGCACCCGCACCCCCACCCACCAACACCAACACCAACACCAGCGCCAACCAUAACUACAACAACAGCAGCGCUGCCAACCGGGCAGCCAGCGCCAGCGUCAGCAGCAGCGGCAUCGGCACCAACGUCCCCACCACACCCGGCGGGGCGCCCCCCUCCUCCCACGCCACGCCCUCCCAGCCGCCCUCGUUCCCCUCCACGCCCUGCCAGAGCCCGGCGAACGGCAGCUCCACGCGGGACUUGCUCUCCAACUUCACGGAGGUGGCGGGCAGCAGGGGGCAUGUGCACUCCUGCCCCGAGCCGCCCUGCUGGCGAUGGAGCUUCGCCUCGUUCGCCGAGAGGCACUACGCCCCCUUCCUGCUGCAGCCCACUACUAAGGUGGUGGUGAUCAUCCUGUUCCUGGGCCUGCUGGGCGUGAGCCUGUACGGCACCACGUGUGUCCGCGACGGACUGGAGCUCACCGACAUCGUGCCGCGCGAGACCAGCGAGUACGACUUCCUGGGCGCGCAGUUCAAGUACUUCUCCUUCUACUACAUGUACGUGGUGACGCAGCGGGCCGACUACGCCCGCUUGCAGGGGCUCCUCUACGAGCUGCAUAGCCGCUUCGAGUCGGUCAAGUACGUGCUGCGCGAGGACGACGGGCGGCUGCCGCGCAUGUGGCUGCACCUGUUCCGUGAUUGGCUGAAAGGUCUACAGCAGGCGUUCGAUCGGGAGUGGGAGUCGGGCCGAAUCACGCGGACAAACUUCAGGAACGGCUCAGACGACGGAAUCCUGGCCUACAAACUGCUGGUGCAGACAGGAAGGAGAGACAAACCCAUCAACUACAACCAGCUGACGCGACAGCGGCUGGUGGACGCGGACGGCAUCAUCAACCCCAACUGCUUCUACAUCUACCUGUCCGCCUGGGUCAGCAACGACCCGGUGGCCUACGCCGCCUCCCAGGCCAACAUCCGCCCGCACCCCCCGGAGUGGCUCCACGACAGGACCGACUCCCUCCCCAACACCCGGCUCAGCAUUCCCGCCGCUGAACCUAUCGAAUAUGCACAGUUUCCGUUCUACCUCAACGGCCUCCGAGAGACGGCGCAGUUUGUGGAAGCCAUCGAGAGCGUCCGGGCCAUCUGCAGCAACUACAGCCGCCAGGGGCUCCCCAGCUACCCCAAUGGCUACCCGUUCCUUUUCUGGGAGCAGUACGUCAGCCUGCGCCACUGGCUCCUGCUCUCCAUCAGCGUGGUGCUGGCCUGCGUCUUCCUGGUCUGCGCCGUGUUCCUCCUCAACCCCUGGACCGCCGGCAUCAUUGUCCUCGUACUGGCGCUGAUGACAGUGGAGUUGUUUGGAAUGAUGGGUCUGAUUGGCAUCAAACUCAGUGCUGUUCCCGUGGUGAUCCUCAUCGCCUCCGUCGGCAUCGGGGUGGAGUUCACCGUUCACGUAGCACUGGCCUUCCUCACUGCCAUCGGCGACCGGAACAAGCGAGCCAUCCUGGCCCUGGAGCACAUGUUCGCCCCGGUGCUGGACGGGGCCUUCUCCACUCUGCUGGGCGUCCUCAUGCUGGCCGGCUCCGAGUUCGACUUCAUCGUCAGAUACUUCUUUGCCGUGCUCGCGAUCUUAACCGUGUUGGGGGUCCUGAACGGACUGGUGCUGCUCCCCGUGCUCUUGUCUUAUUUCGGGCCCUACCCAGAGGUAAGUGCACGUGCGUGUCGCCCGUGGAAUGGACGGAGCCAGCUGCCCACCCCUCACCCGAGCCGCCCCCGGCAGGUGGUUCCGCUUUGCCGUGCGCCCCCGCCACACCACCACCACGGGCACCGCUCAGACUCGUCGGACUCCGAGUACGGCUCUAACACCACCGUGUCCGGCAUCAGCCAGGAGCUGCAGCAGUAUGACCUCCGGCCCAGCAGGGGGAAGCCUUCCGCCCGGCCGGAGGAGGUGCGGCCAGGCCCACUGGGCCGCCAGUCUACACAUCAGGUGGACUUGCCUGCCUACCCAGUGCCCUCGGCGUUGCACUCUGACCCGCGGCAGCCUCAGCCCUACCGCUCCGGCCACGCGCCCCACCCUCAGGAAGCCGCCGCGCCGCCUCACCUCGCCCGCCGCUACAGCAGCAAAGACCCCAAGAGGGACCAGAGCGGCGGCCACCAGCACCAGCAGUACCGCCGCCAGCCAGCACCUCCGCCCCCCUCGCAGCCCCACCGCUACCCCGAAGGCCCCACGGGCCACAGCAGGGAGCGCUCGGCAGGGCAGCAGCAGCACCACCGCUCGGCGGCGCACCACCAACACCACCCGCACCCCUCGUCCAACCCGGCCUACGGCCAGCCCAUCACCACGGUGACGGCCUCUGCGUCGGUCACCGUGGCCGUGCACAGCCCAGCUACCCCCAGCCCUUCACCCUGCCCGACAGCUACCCCCGUCAGCCUUCAGGAGACGUACUCGGACAGCAGCAGCAGCGGCGGCAGCCCGUCAUUCCAGGAUCCACACGUGCCCUCGCGAGACUCCGUCAGGCACCGCAGGUCCCAUCUAGAGGGCAUGGACUUCAAGGACAUGGAGUAUGACGCCCCCAGUGGCCGCAUCGGGACCGCCUCCAGCUGA